CCUUUUUGAAUGACAGCCCUUUGCUUGGCGAAGGAAGACGAAGUUUGGUGUGAUUUCCCCCCGCAGCGUCCAAGAGAAGCAGUCGAGGGUCUCCAUUCUAACUGGAUGGAUUGGUAUGGGGAGAAGCGGACCCCAGAUCACGGCUAAGCGGCAGCUUCGGGACUGUUUGUCGUGGACGAUGGUUUUCCUGUCUCUGCUGCUCCGAGCAGCUCACUGCCAGCAGUGUCGGAUCCAGCGCUGUAAUGCAGAGUAUGUGGCGUCGACCUCACCAGCCAAUGGUCUACAGGAGGACGCAGCUCUGGACGUGGACUACUGCACUGCCCUACGGGCCUAUAACCUGUGCACACGGAGACAAGCCCGCAGCUGCAGGGGGAACCUAGUUUACCACUCGGCAGUCUUUCGCAUUAAGGAGUUAUUCUCGCAGCACAACUGCUCCAGCGACGGACCCACUUCCUCGGCCAAGGCCUCCAGUACAUCCCGACCAGCGGUGCCAGAGCUUUGCAACUAUGAGAGUCGGGUCCUCGUGUCGAGCUCGGCUGGUCAGCAGAAGAAGUACGCCCACUGUGGAUUAUUUGGUGACCCACACCUACGGACGUUUCGAGAUGAGUUUCAGACCUGCAAGGUGGAAGGGGCGUGGCCUCUGAUUGAUAACCGCUUCCUGUCAGUGCAGGUGACCAAUGUCCCUGUUGUCUUAGGGUCUAGCGCAACGGCAACCAGCAAGAUUACAGUUAUCUUCAAGUCGUAUCAUGGUUGUACAGAGCAAAAGGUUUACCAGGCCACCACUGAAGAUCUGCCACUGGCCUUUCAGGACGGGACUCGGAGUGGCGGCGAUAGCGGCAGCCUGACCAUCACAGAGCGAGGCGGCUCCGGCGUGGGUCGCCACGUGAAGAUACAGGCCCGUUACAUUGGCACCUCCAUCAUCAUUAGACGCGUAGGCAGCUACCUGACCUUCGCUAUCCGCAUGCCGGAAGACACUCUGGACUUUUCUGAGGACAACAGCGGCCUGCAGCUGUGCCUGCACGGCUGCCCACGCAAUGAGCUCAUCAAAGAGCACACGCUGAGCCGUCAGAGCCCGCAGCCACACCUGCAAGGCACAAACACUGACCUAGGACUUCUGCGGCCUCCCCACCAGAUAUACACGGUGGAGAGGGCUACAGCGAAGUGUCGAGAGACUCUGCAGGUGGAAGACGUUUACUUUCAGUCUUGUGUGUUUGACUUGUUGACUACGGGAGAUCCGGAGUUUUCUAUGGCAGCCUAUGGAGCUCUGGAGGACUUAAAGGCGCUGCCGCCCAGUAAACUGAAACAGAACUCUCCAAGGACUCCUCGGGUUUUUAAUCGAAGUGCAUCACAGACGCUGGCUACAACAGGAGCCCACAGCUCCCUGCUCUCACUGCUCCUUUUCAUUCUGCUGCUGUUGUAAAAAAGAUAAAUAAGUAAUAGGACAUGGACAUGAGUCGUGGAAGCAUUAUCAGCUUGACAAAAGAGUGACUAGAGCACCAACAUUUUAUAGUCGUAGUUUUAUUUUUUCAUGGUUGAGAUGUGGGGGGAGAUGAUUCGAGGACAUUUUUUCAUUUGAAGGAUUUUGGUUUAAAAAGAUAGAGAAGAUAUUUGCCUGCAUUGAUUUUAUUUGAUUGUAUUUUUUGUUUGAUUCGUGCAUGCAUUUCUUAAUUUAAAGAAAGAAAGAAAAAAAAGUUUGAAAUUCAUGUUAGGGAUCCAGAACAAAGUGAUUUUACGUGGAGACUAUUGCUCGGUUUAUCAAAGUUUUUAACGAGAAUCGUUAACGGCCCCGAUUUGUCUGAGCUAUCCUUUUUAUUUUAUUUAAAAUGUGCAAAAUUACUAAACACUCCACAGUUAAUUAAGCUGAAUAUCAUGUCACACAGUUUUGCACUACUUAAGCUUUAUUUAAGCUUACGUAGUAGUAAGACUGCGUACGUAUUAGUUGUGUAAUAAAUAAACCUUCCAAGUUUUGUCUCAGUAGCACUUAACAGUUUUAGCAGCAUGCGUUGUGUUUGUGUAUAUACCAAACUUAUGUGUCAUUUCAGAAAUUGGCAUACUGAAUACACAGGAUCCAACAACUGUUUGUAAAAACUACCUAUGCCUUAUGAGUAAUGUGUCAUGAGUUCUCGUUGUUUAGUAUGUAAAACUCUCUUCAAGCUGUUUGGCUUCCACUUUUAAACAUAAAAGUAAAACUUGGAUAUAAUAAUAUAUUGAAAGAGUGUAUAUAUGUGUUUAUUAUUGUGUAAAUUUGCCGGUGUAUAGAUGUUUUAACUGUAACAUGUUCUGCAUUCUGUUUUGUUUAGUAGGUUAUUUUGAGUUGU